CUCUCUCUAUCCACAUUCUGUCUCUCCGUUUCUCAGUCAACUUUCCCCCUCCCUCUCUCUCUCUCUAUCCACACUCUGUCUCUCUGUUUCUCAGUCAACUCUCCCUCUCUCUCUCUAUCCACAUUCUGUCUCUCUGUUUCGCAGUCAACUCUCCACCUCACCUCCUAAAACAUUCGGUCCGUCUCUCCAGUCCUCUCCUCCUCUCUUCUCCUCCCACCCUUCUCUCCUCCUCUCUUCUCCUCCUCCGUGUCAGGACCAUGUUUCCUCUGACGCUCCUCGGCCUGCUGUUCAUCACCGCACGGACAGACGACAAGAAGAAGAAGGGGAAAGACCAGGCGGCGACCAAAGAGGAAGCUCCAACGAAGUACGACUCCAUGUUCCAGAGAGGAGACCUGCUGGAGGUACCCCGGACGUUGUUCACUCAUUUUGGGAUCUACCUGGGCGGCGGCAGGGUGGCUCACCUGAUACCUGACAUACUACCUGUGUUGUCAGAUGAUGAGGAGGCUAUCAGAGAGAUGGUCACCAAUAACAGACUGAUACUGGGGGUCAUCGCUAAGUGUGCCAGUGUGAGGGUGGACACUGUGGAGGACUUUGCCUACGGCUCAGACAUUAUUGUGAACCCCAUGGACAAGGUGUGCAGUCGCCCCCCACUGAAAGGAGAGCAAGUGGCAGACAGGGCAGAGAAGCUCCAGGGCUCCACGGCCUACAGCCUCCUGUGGUAUAACUGUGAACACUACGUCAUGUACUGUCGAUACGGCUCCUGCAUGAGCUUCCAAACCUUCCAGUUCUGUAAGACAGUGAAGAAGUUCAUUCUGAGCCAGAGGAGUGCCAAGGUGACAGCGGUGUUAGGCCCAGUGCUCGUGCUCUAUCUGGGGGUCGUGUCUCUCUACUCAGGCCUGGUCAUUGUCCUGGUUCCCUUCAUUAUCUGGAUGGCUUCCUAGACACUUGGGGAAGGAAGGAAGGAAGGAAGGAAGGAAGGAAGGAAGGAAGGAAGGAAGGAAGGUUUGAAGUAAAUACACAUUGUUUUACAAAAAUUCUUUGCAGUCCGUUAAAGAAAAUGGACACUGUACAAAGAAGCAGUGAGUAUAGGAAUGUAGAUUACAGGAUGGCCAGACAGACAGACGGGUUUCUUCAAUAACUAUUCAUAAUAAUUUGCCAUUGCUUCAUAAGGCCUAGUAAUGAUGCCAAUACAUGUGUUUACACCCUGUGUUUUAUUUUAAUUGAUUAAUUACACAAGUGUGAAUGGUAUACUAUUUUGACCUGUAUAACAGUGAAUUAUGUUACUAUAAAUAAAAUUUAAAAAAUUAAAUGGUCA